CCGCCGUCCAGACUAUCGGGACCUCCUUCAUAGCUCAUUACCAUAGCUCUAAAACUCCAACCACACACAACCGAGAGGAAAAAAAAGACGAGGCAAACCUGGAACCGCGGAUAAAGAAAAUAAAUCGAUAGACGGGACUUUCCGAUAAUACGGCUCGAGCACCAACAACAAAAUCUCCAUUAUAUAUCGUCUCUGGCUAACUCAGCCCUCUGACCUAUAAAACGCAAAACAGCUAAACCCGCUACUCGCCCCUCGCCUCGCUCAGCUCAGCCCAUCCAUCAUGCCCAAGACACAACCCAACCUAUACGCUUUCCCAGGCGUCGACGCCCUCGCGCAAGCCCUGCGAGCCUACGUGAUCCAGAGCCAAAACGCCGGCAUUGAGCGCCACGGCGCCUUCAAGGUGGCCGUCUCGGGCGGAUCGCUGCCCAAGACGCUCGCCGCGGCUCUCCUGGCGCCGUCAUCUGGUCCCGCAGACGUCGUCGACUUUUCCAAGUGGGAAAUCUUCUUCGCCGACGAGCGCGCCGUGGCCCUGGACCACGAAGACUCAAACUACCGCCUGCUCAAGGCCGAGCUGCUCGACAAGCUGCCCGCCGACCAACAGCCCUCCGCCGUGCACACAAUCAACACCGAGCACCUCGACGACAUCCAGGAGCUCGCCGACCAGUACGAGCAGACGCUCGUCGGCAGCUUCGCCUCGCGCGACUCGGUGCGCCUGCCCAUCUUCGACCUCCUGCUGCUCGGCUGCGGGCCCGACGGCCACACCUGCUCGCUGUUUCCCAACCACGAGCUGCUGCGCGAGGCCGAUGCCUGGGUCGCGCCCAUUGAGGACUCGCCCAAGCCGCCCCCUAAGCGAAUCACCUUGACUCUGCCCGUUGUUACACACGCCGUCCGCGUUGCCUUUGUCGCUACCGGCGCCGGCAAGGCCUCAAUCAUGAAGGAGAUCUUUGACACGAGCUCUGGACUGCCCUGCACCCUCGUCAACGAAGCUGCGGGAGACCGAUGCAGCUGGUUCGUCGAUGAGCCUGCCAUUGAAGGAGUUGGCUUCCCCCGGAGAGCAUUCUUGUAAAGGGAGAGUGGUUCAAGAGAGGAGACAAGAAAACACAAAAAAAAAAAAAUUUCAGAUUUGAUGACGAUGCAUGAACAUUAGCAAAUGAUGAGUAUGAUGCGCAACAGCCAUGAUGAGGGGGGGCGGAUGGGUAAACAGCAUGUGAUAAGUGACGUUGGUGCGUCAACCGACUUGAUUUGUUUUUUUAUUCCCCUUCAGUUUCACUGGGAGGUCUUCUUUUUCCAUUUUUUUUUCUCUCCCGUUUUUUAAGAAAGAAAAAGAGAAAAAAGAGAAAAAAGAAAAAGCUUUAUGCGCGCACGAGGUGGAAUCAUUGUUUUUUUUUUUUUAUGCCCCGACUUUUAAAGAGUUCGCUGGGCCCCCCAUGACACACUAUUUUCAUUUUUGUCAACUUAGAAUAUAUGAUUGCUUUCACUGGGGGAGGAAAGGAGGCAGUCUAGUUUUCUUUUCUCGAAAUUGAAAGCAGAUUUGAAAUUCAUUCCAGUGUCUCUGGUGGUAGUGAUGACGCUAAUGUAAUGCUGAUGCUAAUGCUAUUUGCUCAUGAGGGUGAUGAUAAUGAUAGUUCCGUUGCCCGUAUCCAUCGUAUGUUAUAGAAAACCAAUUUCAUGUACCCUGCCGUAAUAUCAAGGCCGUCGAUUUUGAAGACAAAAAAAAAAAAGGAAACAAACGCCUAGACCAAAAAAAAAUCCCCUUAUAGUUCUUUCCAAGCACCUCCCGCACGCGGAAUCUCAAAGUCAUUAUCCGCAUCAAUUCUAUUCAUCCUCCCAAUCCACUCGUCCUCUCGCAAAAGCGCCUCGUGCUCAACAACCUCCAUGAUUCUCAGCUCCGCCAGCAUAUUGUCAAUCAAGGCGCGCGAC